UACCAUUAUACUUUCUUUUUGUUAAACAAUAAACAUGUCCAAAGCGUCAGAUUAUCGUGUCAUUGUUAGUAUCGAUUUUGGAACCACUUAUUCGGGCUUCGCAUACACGCACAUAAAAAAUAAAGAAAAAGAAAUUUUCACACAUACAGAUUGGCAAGAUUAUGCUGGACGAUUUAAAACUCCAACAGUAUUAUUAUACGAUGACGGACUUAAGAGUGUUCAAUCGUGGGGAUUUUCAGCAUUGGCCAAGCGACCAAAAAGAAAGAAGGAGAAAGCAAUUGAUAAAAAACCUGUUGAAUUAUUUAAAUUACAUUUAGGAAAUAUGACAAACAAACCUUCUUUACCAAAAGGACUUGAUUAUAAAAGAGCUAUUACUGACUAUCUCCAUGAAUUUGGUAAAAUUGUAAAAAUUAAAAUAAAUGAUUGUUGGAAAGUUGAUUUUUUCACUCAAGUUUUACUUAUUUUUACGGUUCCUGCUGAAUUUGAUGAUAAAGCGAUUUCGAUUAUGAGAGAAUGCGCUUAUAAAGCAGGAUUAUUGAAAGACCAAUUUGCUCGAAAUUUGAAAUUUAUGACAGAACCCGAAGCCGCCGCGAUUCAUUGUAUGAAAUCUUUAAAGGAACAUAAUUUGUCGGUUGGUGCAAACUUUAUGGUUGUUGACUGCGGCGGUGGUACAGUUGAUUUAACAACAAGACAACUUUUGAAAGGUGAAACAUUAAGCGAAAUCACGGAAAGAAGUGGAGAUUAUUGUGGUGGUAGCUAUGUAGAUCAAGAAUUUCUUAAAUUUUUAGAAAGUAAAGUUGGAGCAAAUGCAAUUAGUCAAGUUAGAGAAAAUCAUUAUGGUCAACUUCAAUAUAUGGUACAAGAAUUUGUUAGAUUGGUUAAAAUGAAAUUUACCGGAGAUCCAUCAGAAUUUGAGGAUACCGAAUUGGAAUUAGACGAUAUUUGUCCUGUUAUAAAACAGUAUUGUAAAGGAGAAUAUCUUGAUAAGAUGGAAGAAGAUGAAUGGACUAUCAAUUUAAAAUUUGAUGACGUUAAAAAAAUGUUUGAUCCCAUUGUAAAAAAGAUUAUUAGAUUAACUGAUUCUCAAUUACAUUUGAGUAAUAACAAUUGCUCUGCAAUAUUAAUGGUUGGCGGAUUUAGCGAAUCAAAAUAUUUACAAUCAAGAAUUAAACAAGAAUUUAGUUCAAAAGUUAAACUUAUUUCUAUACCACCUCAACCUGUUAUUGCUAUAGUUAAAGGAGCUGUUGAAUAUGGCUUUAGAGAAGAGGUUGUUUCCACACGUGUUUUGAAGUGGACCUACGGAACUGACGUUGCACGUAAAUGGCGAGAAGGUGAUCCGGUAAAUAGAAGACUUGGUGAUGGUAGGAUUAUUGCGUUUGAGAGAUUAGUAAAACGAGGUACGCAAGUAAACGUCAAUGAUAAGGUAUAUCAAUCAUUUAUUUCUUAUGAUGCAACUCAACGUAGAAUGGGUUUGGAUUUAUAUGUUACACCACAAGAUGAUGCUGAAUUUUGUGAUGAUCCUGAUGUUAAAACACUCGGUAACUGGUCAGUUGAAUUACCUGAUUCUACAAAUGAUGAUGAUCGCUCUAUUUUAUUUACUAUGAUUUUUGGUAAUGUGGAAAUUGAUGUUACUGCUUAUAAUUCUGGUACUGAAGCUAUUUUUGAUACCAAAUUUGAACUUGAUAUGUAA